CCAAGCACAAAGCAAUCGCAAGACAUCUCGUAUCUUCACGAACAAGCCCGCUUGGAGUGCACGCCCACACCGAGGUGCAAGCAUUGUCCGCGCAAGCCCAUCCGAGCAUCAACUCGACACCCGCUCUCACUCCCUGCCCGAUGGACAAGCCCAUCGUUAUGGCCAAACCCCUCCACCAAGCACGAAGCAAUCGCAAGACAAGCCCACUUGGAGUGCACGCCCACACCGAGGUGCAAGCAUUGUCCAAGCAAAACCCAUCCAAGAAUGUCAAUUUGACAUCCCGCUCUCACUCCUUGCCCGACGUAGGGGCCCGGCAUUCCAUCGAUUUUGACCAAACCCUUCCACCAAGCAAGAAGCAAUUGCAAGACAUCUCGUAUCUUCACGAACAAACCCGCUUGGAGUGCACGCCCACACCGAGGUGCAAGCAUUGUCCGCGCAAGCCCAUCCGAGCAUCAACUCGACACCCGCUCUCACUCCCCGCCCAACGGUCGGACGUGGCACUCCGACGAAACCCGCCCACCAAGCACAAAGCAAUCGCAAGACAUCUCGUAUCUUCACGAACAAGCCCGCUUGGAGUGCACGCCCACACCGAGGUGCAAGCAUUGUCCGCGCAAGCCCAUCCGAGCAUCAACUCGACACCCGCUCUCACUCCCUGCCCGAUGGACAAGCCCAUCGUUAUGGCCAAACCCCUCCACCAAGCACGAAGCAAUCGCAAGACAAGCCCACUUGGAGUGCACGCCCACACCGAGGUGCAAGCAUUGUCCAAGCAAAACCCAUCCAAGAAUGUCAAUUUGACAUCCCGCUCUCACUCCUUGCCCGACGUAGGGGCCCGGCAUUCCAUCGAUUUUGACCAAACCCUUCCACCAAGCAAGAAGCAAUUGCAAGACAUCUCGUAUCUUCACGAACAAACCCGCUUGGAGUGCACGCCCACACCGAGGUGCAAGCAUUGUCCGCGCAAGCCCAUCCAAGCAUCAACUCGACACCCACUCUCACUCCCCGCCCAACGGUCGGACGUGGCACUCCGACGAAACCCAUCCACCGAGCACAAAGCAAUCGCAAGACAUCUCGUAUCUUCACGAACAAGCCCGCUUGGAGUGCACGCCCACACCGAGGUGCAAGCAUUGUCCGCGCAAGCCCAUCCGAGCAUCAACUCGACACCCGCUCUCACUCCCUGCCCGACGGACAAGCCCAUCGUUAUGGCCAAACCCCUCCGCCAAGCACGAAGCAAUCGCCAAGACAAGCACACUUGGAGUGCACGCCCACACCGAGGUGCAAGCAUUGUCCAAGCACGCCCAUCCCGCUCUCACUCCUUGCCCGACGGUCGGAUGUGGCACUCCGGCCGAACCCUUCGUCCACCAAGCAAGAAGCAAUCGCAAGUUAUCUCGUCUCCUCACGAACAAGCCCGCUUGGAGUGCACGCCCACACCGAGGUGCAAGCAUUGUCCGCGCAAGCCCAUCCGAGCAUCAACUCGACACCCACUCUCACUCGCCGCCGGCGGCCGGAGGUGGCACUCCGCCGGCGCCGACCCCCCAAGCAUAUGUGCCCAUGAUGGGCGCAAUGUGCUUGAAGGGUCGGCGCCGCGGCAUAGGGGUACCCCCGCGCCCCGCCCAUGCAGGCAGGUCGCCCCCCUAUAUAGUACAUUCUGGCUUUUUUGGGUCUGGCAGGCUUGCAUAUGAAAAAGCCGAAAUGUCACACCAUGCCAUAAAUUUUGAUUGUGUUAUUAUUAUGACCGGGACUUGAUUGUAUUAUGUUUUAGACAUUCAAAUGAGUGUGGAAAACAAGUUUCAUAAUUUUUGAACCAACCAAUAAUAUUUUAUGAAUUUUUAUUGUUAAAAAAUUAAAAAAAAUUUAAAAAUAGUAAAACGUUUCCAAAAAUUCUAAUUUUUGGAGGACAUCCUUUGUUUACAUUGUUUAGCUCCCAGAAAAAAUUUCAUAACAAUCCAAGCACUAGAAGAUAGGUUUGGCAUCACUUUUGUGUGUUGAGUGGGCAUUGCGGCCGUAGGUGCGCAUGGGGCGCGCAUGGUGGGCGUUGGGUGGGCACGAUGGGCGUACCUAGUGCGCACCGAGUGGGCACAAGACAGCGCCAAGAACCUCUAUCGUGGGCACCUUGCGCGCGCCCCACAAACUCCAGCAGACGCAAGGCGCGCGCGGCCCCAUGCGCGCACGCCCCACGCAGACGCAUGGGCUUGCGGCGCGCGCGGCACCCUGCGCGCACGCCCCACGCAGACGCAUGGCGCGCGCGGCACCCUGCGCGCAUGCCCCACGCAGACGCAUGGCCAUGCGGCGCGCCCGCCCAUGGCCGUGCCGCAUUCGCGCGCAUGGGGGCGCGCAUGCUGCAUGCUCGGUGGGCAUGUGGGCACCUACGGUGGGGGCAUGGGUUUGUUCCAACAACAUCCAUAGAGUUUUUUCCAUGAAUUCUAGACGUGGGUGGUCACGCCCAACAAAGACGCAUGCUGCGCGCGGCUUGCGCGCACGUCCCACGCAGACGCUUGGGCAUGCGGCGCGGGGACACACGCCCGCAGACGCAUGCCGCGCUUGGAACUCUGCGCGCACGCCCCUCACACGCCCGAAGGGCAUGGCGCAUGGUGGGCACGGAAGAGGUACAAUAACCUCUCAAUUAUUUUUGUGAUGCACCGUAGGCGUUCGUGUGCAAGCCUCGGCCACGGGCAUGCGGCGCGCGC